AUGGCGCUGAGACUAGAGACCCUUCUCCCUAGAUUGAUUUCAGAUGAACAGGGAGCCUUCCAAAAGGGGAAGAUGAUUCAUGGCAAUAUUAGUGUGGCUUCUGAGCUAGCAAAUCUAAUGUUUUCAACAUCCAGAGGGGGCGGCCUUGGUUUGAAAAUUGAUAUAAGGAAAGCAGUGUCGGAGAGAGCAGCAGCGGCCAGCGGCCAGCGGUUAUGGGCCCUAGCGUCAGAGUUGGCGAACGUAAUAGCUCCGACGGCGGCAAGCGAUGUGUACAGUUACGGGGUGUUUGUGCUGGAGGUGGCGUGCGGGCGGAGACCCAUUGAAAAGUCAUCUGAUGACGAGCCGCUGUUGAUCGAUUGGGUGAAAGAGCUUUAUGCGAAAGGGAGGCUCAUCGAAGCUGCUGACUCGAGGAUUGCAAGGGAGUACAAGGUGGAAGACAUGGAGGCGGUGCUUAAGAUUGGGUUGGCUUGUUGCCAUCCUGACCCUGACCGCAGGCCUACCAUGAGGGAGGUUGUAGACUUAUGGCUAAUGCAGCUGACUGAAACUUGA